GUUCACACACCUGCAGGUUCUGGUUUCACCUGUUUGAUACAGCUACCUGAUGUUUACCGGAACGUUCAGCUGGAAAUAUUUCUACUUUUACUGACAUGCAACACAAAAAACAUGAAAAAUCAGCACAAUGGAGGCAGAAAAGAGACGCAAAACAAGAAAAAAGAGACACAAAAUGAUGGAAAAGAUGCGUGGAUGUAUAGUUUGAAACAUAAAGCUUCCACAAAACAACAGCAUGACCACAGAAAGAAACAAGUCGACAAUAAAGACAUGUCAGCUGUCUAAAAUGAGAUUCAAAAGGCCAGCAAUGAUGUCCAGACUAUCAAACUGUGACACAAAACUAUCACAAAGAGACACACAUUGACCAGAAAAUGACAAAAUGUAAACAGAAGAGACAAAAAAACCCACAAAGAGGCACAAAACGACCACGAAGAGACAGAAGAUGCUGCAAAACGUGUAAAUAUGUAGUUUUUCCUGAAGCUUCUUGAAGUAUUGUUGAACACGGCAUUGAGGACGUUUGUUCCCUGAGUUCAUCCUGAAGGUUCAUCAGGUAGCUAACCCUCCUGCUCAGGUAGAUCCUCACCUGAGUGCAGUCAUGGAGGAAGAGGAGCUUCAGGAGCUGAAGAGGAAGCUGGAGGACGAAGAUCUGGACCAGGAGCAGAGAAUCAACCUGCUGACCAGCAGCUUAAGCAAGGCUCUGAACUCAGCGGCUCUCCAACCUGACGGCGGCGUCUCCUCGUCCCUCCUGAAGUCUCGUUUGUAUCUCAGCGGCGUCCUGAGUCUCUGUGUCACCGCCCUGAACUCCAGGAAGCUGCAGAACGACUGGAGCGCCAUGGCAACGCUGGCCCACCUCACCUGCUGCUGUUGCGUCGGCGUCGAACCCGGCCGACACUCGGAGGCGUUCCAUAGGCUGUUCCUGCCGUCAGUCAUGGACGCUGUGCUCUCAUUGGCCGGUCAGCUAAUGAGGCGGUCGGAGUGUUGGUCUCAGUUCAGGAAGACGAUGAAGGAUUCAGUCGGUCGACUUCUGGAGGAUCAGACACACCUCAGCUCCCACGUCCUAAGCUCCGCCCACUACGAGCAGAUCCAGAUGUGCGAUGAUGUCGCCGUGACGCUGCUGUGUAUCCAGAUGUGGAUUCAGAUCUGCUCAACCAACAGGAACUUCCUGUCUGAGCUCAGCGAUGACUCCACCCUCCUGCUGCUCAACGAAGCCAUCGGCCAAUUAGCUCUCAGCUCUGACCCGGCGGUAGGCGGAGCCUCGAUCAGACUUAUCCUCCUCAUGGCCAGUCAGCUGAGGCUCCGCCUCCGGCCCCUCCUCCUGAGCUUCAGAGGUCUGGACAGCUUAUUGGACAAAGACUGGAGGGGGCGGGGCUUCGAUCAGGACCUGGAACAGCUGAUUGCUCUCGUCCAAUCAGAGCAGAGGAUGAGUCAGUCUGAGGUCAGCACUGAGCAUGUGCGGGCGGCAUGUGUCGUCCAGGCGGCGUGGCGUUCCUAUCAAACCCGACGCCGAGUGAAGAGUCUGAACCGAGCCGUCAGCACGCUGCAGCGGAGAUACAGAGCACGGAGGAGGCAGCAGCAGCAGCAGAGGGAGGUCCAGCGGUGGCAGGAAGAGCUCAGCUACCAGGUGUUUGUGAGGCGUCAGCAGGCCAGGAGGAGGUUCCACCAGAAACAGAGACGUCUGCUGCAGCUGCUUCCACCUGACCAGGUGGCGUCAUACCUGCAGGAGGUGGAGCGUCGAGCCGCCGUGGUGAUCCAGAGCUUCUGGAGAGGCUUCAGAGAGCGACAACGCUACAACACACAGCGACACACACUGAUAGAGACACACAACCGACAACAGGCCGCCAUGACGCUGCAGAGAGCGGUCCGUCGUUUUCUAGAGGAGCACCGAGCAGCGAAGGCCCCGCCCACUGCUGCUUUCUGGAUUGGUCAGGAGGGUUUGACGGACAGCCGGAGGGCGGAGCUAAAGCGACAGGUGGAGGAGCACAUCGCUGUGAACCGGUCGUCCUGUGUGAGUCCACAGCAGUGUCAGCUCCUCCAUCAUCAGGUCCAGCUGCUGCUUCAGUCGGAGCUUCAGAGACGUUUGGAUCGAAUGAAGGAGGAUCAACAUCUGGAGGCUCUGAUGGCUCACACUCACACACAGCUGGAUCUGCUGAGAGAUGCCCCGCCCCUCUCUGUCGUCACGGCGACGGACGCCGACUCCUUCCUGAGUCCGUCGGGUUCCGUCACCGCCCGUGGCCGUGACGCCCACAACGCCGCCCUGCAGGCCGAGCGGCUGCCCUGGUGGAGGACGCUGGGAUGGACGGACGGAGGCCCCGCCCACCAACAGGAGGCGGAGCUGGAGGCGGAGCUUGGAGGGCUGUACGUGGGCGGAGUCAGGGAGGUGGACGGAGCUAAACGUUAACUUAUUCUGUAGUCAGCUGUGAAAAUAUUCAUCUCACAUCUGGAAUAUUUGUUCAGAAAAAUGGACUUCCUGAACGUUACCAGGCAGAACGGAUCAAAUUCUCACUUUUAAAGACUCAGUUUGGAGGUUUUUGUAGGUAAAUAUGGUUUUUAUUAUUAUUAUUAUUAUUAUUAUUAUUAUUAUUAUUAUUAUUAUUAUUAUUAUUAUUAUUAUUAUUAUUAUUAUAAUAUACAGUUAAUUUCCAGAUGCUUUACAAAAUUGACAGGGAUGUUAAAACAUCUACGUAAGAGUUUCGGCUUUUUAAAGAGCCGUUAUGGAUUUCCACUGAUAUUUUAGUGACAAUUUUUCAGAUUUUUCUUCUUUUUAAAAUGUACACUAAAAAAUACACAAAUAAAGUUGAAAGUUUUUGACAGAA